AUGUUGUUCUCAUCCCUGCUCAUCGCCGUCCUUUUAGGCUUCACACAUCCAAUUCUCUCCUCCAUUGUCCGCAUCAACGCCCUCGGCGACAGCAUCACCGGCUCCCCAGGCUGCUGGCGCGCCUUGCUUUGGCAAAACCUCCAGACAGCAGGCGUCACCAACACAGAUUUCGUCGGGACCCUCGCCCCGCAAGGCUGCGGCUUCAACUACGAUGGCGAGAACGAUGGUCACGGCGGCUACCUCGCAACCGGCAUUGCGUCCGCCUCUCAACUCCCAGGUUGGCUCGCAAUCUCCCUUCCCGACAUUGUCAUGAUGCAGCUAGGAACCAACGACGUGUGGUCUUCCCUACCCACGGCCACGAUCCUGGCCGCGUACUCAACGCUCGUGGGUCAGAUGCGCGUUCAGAAUCCGAAGAUGGUGGUUCUAGUUGCCCAAAUCACGCCAAUGGCGCCGGCGGGGUGUGCGAGUUGUGCGCAGGGAGUUGUGAGUUUGAAUGCGGCGAUUCCAGCGGUGUGUGGAUAUCUCUUUCUUAUCAUUUCGCGUGUCAAGAUUUUGAAUGUGGAAUGUUGGGCGGCUGCUAUCUCGACGGCGACGAGCCCGGUGAAUGUGGUGGAUUGCUGGACGGGGUUCAAUACCACGCUGAAUACGGGGGAUGGCGUGCAUCCCAAUGAGUCGGGUAACGUGAUAUUGGCGCACGAUUGGUUCGCGCCACUCAGCAGCGCCAUCGUGAAAGUUCGAGGAGGAGGAGGAGGAGGAGGAGCAACGAGCACAGUAACGAGUGCAGCAACGAUAUCUUCGAAUAGCAAGCCGGUGACAGCGAGCACGUUGGCAACUAAAACCUCGUCGAGCGCUCAGCCUACAAGUACUGGGGCCGGGAGUCCGCUCUAUGGACAAUGUGUCCCACAGGCGGCCAAAGUUGGACUGGCCCGUUUGGAUGCGUCGUUGGGAGCACUUGCAAGUAUUACAGCGACUUCUAUAGCCAGUGCCUUCCUAGCUGAAGAAGCGAAUUGA